CUUUGAUGGAAAUCUCAUCGCCCAAAUGGUUAUCCGAACUGGAAAUGAUGGACUGUGCAUAUCAACACGAGAUCACAAAUUAUCCCCAUGAUUACACACUCGAUGAGCUCAAUUUUCCGACCAAUUUUCCGGCGACCGAGAAACUCCUUACUUCGGUCCAACUUGAUUCUAUUUCCUCUUCCCAGUUUAUUUCAUUUGGGGAUUCACCGGAAAUUGAGAAGCUUGAUUGUGCGAUGGGUAAGGACGAGAGAGGAAAAGAUUUGUCGUUUAUAAUACCCCAAAGUUUGGAUGUGAAUCAAAAUAGGUAUGCAAUUGGAUAUGAAGAAGGCCAUGACAUUACGAAGCGUGCAACAAUUGGUAGAACUUCAGGAAAUGGUCAACAACAUGUUAUAGCUGAGAGAAGACGAAGAGAGAAGCUAAGCCAAAGCUUUGCUGCUCUUUCAGCUCUAAUCCCCGGCCUCAACAAGACAGACAAGGCUUCAGUGCUUGGGGGAGCUAUCAAGUACGUGAAAGAGCUUCAAGAACGUGUCAAAUGGGCUGAGGAAGAAGCAGGAGAUGAGGAGGGGAGAGUAAUUAAAUCAGUUCCUAAGAUAGAAACAAGGGUUUUGGAGAGGGAUGUUCUUGUGAGAAUUCAUUGCAAGAAACAAAAAGGCUGUUUUUCAAACAUAUUAACCCAAAUUCAGAUGCUUAAGCUAACCAUUGUGAAUAGCUCCGUUUUGCCAUUUGGUCAUUCCAGACUUGAUAUAACCAUUAUUGCUCAGAUGGAGGUUGGUUUCUGCAUGACAGCCACAGAUCUUGGGAACAAGCUAACACAGACUUUGCUCGAGUUCAUAUAA